UUCUGAACUAAGAAUCGGUCACUAGGUCUGAAAAUAAUUCAUAGUGUGUAUACUACUUCGGGGUGACUCGGUACUUUGCAAUCAAGCAAAUUGUCAAGGUACCAAAAUCUGUGCGCAUUUAAUCAAACCACGUGAGGAAAGUAAUAUAUAUAUAUGCAUUUUUAUAAUUUUAUUUCAUUUGGUGACUUCUAAUUAAUUUGGAGAGUUUUGGAUAAAAAGAAUACAAUUAAGUUCUUAUAAACUGGAAGUUAGAAUGUCGAUACAAGAAUUUAAAGACUGCGAUGAUAUGAAAAUACGGGUAUGGGUUGAUAAUGGUCAUUACUUUCCUGAAGUGAUGGCAGCACGACCAGACCAUUUGAAAGAACUACAGAGCUGGGAGACGAGACAUGAUGAUGUGUUAGUUUGUACAUAUCCGAAAUCCGGUACAUUAUGGCUGUGGGAUAUUGUGUCACUGCUUAUUAGUAACCAGUCAGAAGUUCUAGACCGCGUGUUUGAUACAUCAAACUUAGAACUUAAUGGGACAGAAAAACUGGACGAAUUACAAUCUCCUAGAGUUUUGCAGUCUCACAUGACACCACACUCCCUCCCUAAAUCAAUUAUUCAGAAGAAAAACAAAAUAAUUUAUGGAAUCAGGAAUCCAAGAGAUGUGGCUGUAUCAAUGUAUCAUUUCAUGUUGAAGUUACAUGACAGCUGGUCAAGUUACAAAGGAUCAUGGGACAACUUUCUAAAACUAUUUCAAACUGGAACACUUGGAUAUGGGUCUUGGUACGAACAUGUCAAAGGUUGGGAAGAACUGCAACUGGACAAGGACCAUCCCAUUUUGUUUGUAUCUUAUGAAGAUCUCCAUCGUGACUGCUUCAAAGAAGUAAAGAAAAUUUCUGAAUUUCUGGACUUAUAUAGAACGGAUGAUACAAUCCACGGUAUCGUUAAGAAUACCCAGUUUGACAAUUUCAAGACAGAAAAACUAAAAUCCGUGGGCCAUAAGUUAACAGCGAUCAGUAAAGAUGGAACAGAUCCUUACUUUAGAAAAGGCAUUGUCGGUGAUUGGAAGAAUACAUUCUCCGACGAGCAAAUAGAGGAAUUUGAACAAACAAUUGUGCAAAAGAAAGGGAAGUCUAAUUUAAUAAGGAGAUACACACAUCAGUUUGUUUAAAGACAAAACUUGCUGUAGUAAUGAAUGUUAUAAACUACUCACAUAUGAAUUAUACAAACUUUCUUCACGAAAUAGACCAAUAGGAAUAUUAAUGUUUAAUACUCAUUCAUCGAGUUCAUAUGUAUAUAUUCAUAUUGUCAUGUAUAUAUUUUAAGAUAGCGGGUAAAUAAUGUAUAUAGUGUUAUCCAUGUAUAUUGUGCAACUCGACAGAAAUCGAGAAAAAUAUUAUAAUGGCUUGUUGAAGAUUAUCCAAUAUACGAAAAUAAAUUGCAUGCCAAAUAAUUAUUUCAAGACGUUCGAAUAUACUAAAUUGAACUUCUAUAAACUAUAUAUUGUAUAAAUCAUUUUGAAAUGUUUUGCUACUAAUAUUGUUAAAACUAUUUCCUGAAUUAUUGUGAAGUAACUUAGGAACUGAUCUAAAAGAUAUAAAGGCAAGCUAUGCAGUCUAGAUAUUUUUUUUUAUUGUAGCAGACAUACAAAGCAAUAAUAAUUCUUUCACUUCAUCAAGCUUUUCGUAACAAAGGGACCAGUUUCUGAUCCCGGCUGACAUUCGAUCAUAGAUAAUUAUAUCUUACGAAUAUUUAAUUAACUAUAUCUUACCGCUUAAAUAUUUUGUAAAUACAUGAUAUUAUAUAUAUAGUUCCAAUGAAUUCGUAAAAGUCCCUAAAAAUUCAAGCGUUUUGUUUAACUUCUAGUGCAUUUUGGAAUAUUUGAAAUCUCUGAUUUGAACUAGGAAUCUUACGAAAUCACUGAAAAGUAUAAGACUUUGUGUACAAGGGAAGAAAAAAAACCAUAACUAUGAAUAGACUCUUUUUUAAUAACACUAUG